AGACAAGCUGAUACACACAUCGGCAUAGAGCAACUCCAACUUGUCGGUUUUUCGAAUAAUGUCCCAGCAAUGGCGAUGCACUCCAUGCUGCAGGACCGGAUCAGGGUGGCCCAGGAGCUGCUAGGGCGCGUGGAUCAGCUCUGUGACCGGCAGGCGCGGGACGUGGAGGGCCGGGCCAAGCUGUGCAGCAAGCUGCGGGCCGAGCUCAAGUUCCUGCAGAAGGUGGAGGCCGGCCAGGUGCUGAUCAAGGAGUCGCACCUGCAGAGCACCAACCUCACGCACCUGAAGGCCAUCGUGGAGUCGGCCGAGAGCCUGGAGGACGUGGUGAGCGUGCUGCACGUCUUCGCCUACGAGGGCCCCGGCGGCCAGAAGCAGACGCUGGUGGUGGAUGUGGUGGCCAACGGCGGGCACACCUGGGUGAAGGCCAUUGGCCGGAAGGCAGAGGCUCUACACAACAUCUGGCAGGGCCGGGGGCAGUACGGGGACAAGAGCGUGGUGCGGCAGGCAGAGGACUUCCUGCAGGCCAGCCGGCAGCAGCCCGUGCAGUACAGCAACCCACACAUCAUAUUCGCCUUCUACAACGGCGUCUCCAGCCCCAUGGCCGACCGACUAAAAGAGAUGGGUAUUUCAGUGCGGGGCGACAUCGUGGCCGUGAAUUCGGUGGUCGGGGCGGAGGAGCAGGAGGAGGACAGCGAGGGUGAGGACGGCAGCUCCGGGGAGGGAGAGGAGGGCGGCGGGGACGAAGAGCGAGAGGCGGAGGAAGAGGAGGACGAGGAUGGCGAGGACGACGACGAUUCGGACGCCCUGCACACCAGGGUGGACCGCAGCACCAUCGUGGCCAGCCUGGCCUUCCCCACCGAGGUGAAGGUGGACGUCUGCAAGCGCGUCAACCUGGACAUCACCACGCUCAUCACCUAUGUCUCCUCCCUCAGCCACGGCGGCUGCAACUUCACCUUCCGGGAGCAGGUGCUGACGGAGCAGGCGGCCCAGGAGCGGCAGGAGAAGGUGCUGCCCAAGCUGGACGAGUUCAUGCAGGGGAAGGAGCUCUUCGCCUGCCAGUCGGCCGUGCAGGACUUCCACAUCAUCCUGGACACCCUGGGGGGCCCCGGGGAGAAGGCCCGGGCCGAGCAGCUGCUGGCCCGCCUCCGGGUGGUGCCCGACCAGCCCUCUGAGCGCACCCAGCGCCUUGUCACCAGCUCCAAGGUCAACCGCCGCUCCCUCAUGAUCUUCGGCACCGGCGACUCCCUGCGGGCUGUCACCAUGACCGCCAACAGCGGCUUCGUCAGGGCGGCCGCCAACCAGGGCGUGCGCUACAGCGUCUUCAUCCACCAGCCCCGGGCGCUCACUGAAGGGAAAGAGUGGAGGGCCACCCCCAUAUGAGGAGGCAGGGGGGGGAUGGGAAGAGGAAGAGGGGGAGAGGAGAAAAGCAAAUACAGGGAUGUGGAAGGGUAAGGGAGGAAUGGUUUGAGCAAGAUCAAGGGCACAGAGUAAUGGGCGGGGAGUGACAAGAAAUUUGCAAAAAAAAAAAAAACCUUUAGCCCAAUUUUUGCGACACACCAGGAUGCAGGGGAUGAAAUGGUUAAGGAGGUGGAGUGAAGGGUUUUGCGGUAGACCUUUUUUAAGGCUGAACCACAGUGGCAAGAGGUUUGAAGGCUACUGGAAUGCACCAGGAAAAUGCAAAGGUGUAGUGGAUUCAUUACAUUGUGGGCUGUUGAUUGAUUUUUGGUGCAGAGGACUUGAAAACAUAUGCUGACUGAUACAAAUAUGACAGGAUUACAGUCAAUUACAGUGGAGAAAUGUGCACUGUUGUAUUAAAUAGGGACACCAGUGGGCACUGUUGAGCUUUGUUUCGUGUUCUUUUGCACAGUGGCUACUCUGACAUCACCUCUUGCCAUUUGUCAGUAAUAUGCAAUCCCUUUAAGCUUUUUUGUGAACAAGCACAGAUCUGCUACAGCAGCACUUGAAGGUACAGUAGAACUGAAAGUGCAUUUUGUGGCUUGUUCUGUGUAAAAUACACCCAGAAUUUCCAUUUAAACUGUAAAUCUAUUGCAUAUUUAUUUUGGAAUGCUAUGAAUCAGUACUUAUUUUUUUUCACAAAAUACCAGAUUCUUUUGUUUCACCCAUAUUGGCUGCUACAACAAGAACUACAGCUAGGUUUUGUAAAAGACACUGGAGAGAGAUUAGCCUCCACAUAGUGUCUGUCUGAUGUGCAAAUUAAGCAGCCUGUGUAUAUUUAAAUGUUAACCUGCAGGAAAAUAUUAUUGUUUCAAGUAAUAAUAACAAAAAUAUUAAAAAUGAUAUGCAA